GAGAGCAAUUUACCAUUGACUGACUGCUUCUCUUAACAGCAAUAAUGGCUGUUCCGUGAAUGAUACACUGCCCUGCAAGAAAGUCGAGCUGGCCUCAUGUGUUGUUUCGGGAGAUCUCAUGAUUUUGCACUGCCUUUGGUGUCUGUUCCACGACCUUGAUGUGUUUGCAGGUCCUAGGUAUACCACGCAGUACCCUGUAUGUCCAGGGCCUCCUGGCUUCUCUCAAAGACCCAUAUAUCCUCCUCCUGGCGUUUUCUCACAUCAAAGACCAGCGCUGAUUCGCGCAAUUGCUGACCCUGUGACCAUGACCAGGCCACCUGUUCCACCUGUUGCUCCAGUCGAUACACCACAAUUUAAAAUAUACGUUGGCAAAAUUGCGGCAACAGUGGACAAUGAUUUUGUUCUUUCUCUUCUUCAGGUCUGUGGAGUGGUAAAAAGUUGGGAGCCAGUCAUAAAUCCCAUAGAUGGAACUCGCACUGGAUUUGGCUUUUGUGAGUUUGAAUCUGCUGAAGGCAGUCUUCGUGCAAUGCGGCUGCUCAACAAACUGAGUGUUGAUGGUCAAGAACUGGUGCUUAAUGUCAAUCAAGCUACCAGAGAUUACUUCCAGAAAUAUGGUGAGAGUACUCCAGAAGAGAAGGCCAAAGAAGCAGAAACUGAAACAAGGAAUGGAGUUGUAUCUUUAGCUGACAAUGGAAAUGACUUGUCAAGAGCUACUCCAGAAGUGAAGGCCAAAGAAGCAGAAACUGAAAAAAAGGAUGGAGUUGCAUCUUCAGCUGACAAUCGAAAUGACUUGUCAAGAGCUACUCCGGAAGUGAAGGCCAAAGAAGCAGAAACUGAAACAAGGGAUGGAAUUGUAUCUUCAGCAGACAAUGGAAAUGACUUGUCAAGAGCUAUUCUGGAUGUAACGAGAAGGGGAGCGGUUGUUAUGCAAAGGAUACGCAGUUUGAUUGAAGGGGAAACAAAAAGAUGCCAGGCUGAUAAGGAUGUUAUGGAAAGGAUACACAGUUUGAUUGAAGAGAGAAUGAAGAGUAAACUUCUGGGGUCACCAACUCUGGCAGUUCAGGUGCCUGCAUGUAUUGUUGAUGAGAAUGGAGAUGAUGAUACAGGGAGUGGUGCACUGGAGGAGAGGAAAAUCAGGAGACAAUGUGAACAAGAGGAACAUUUAGGGGAAAGGAAAGCUGUGGGUUCGGAAGGUCAGAAAGAUAGAGAAAUGACUGCAGCUGGAAUGUCAUCUCCGCAAAUUGGUGAGGCACCCUCCAUGCAUGUCCCUAUGAAUCGUGAAUCUACAGUUGAACACGAGAGGGAAUGUCAGCAUAGGGAAAGAGAUGGGCUACGUAAUCGCAAUGGUGAAGAACAGGGCAGGCAAAGAAAAGCUGGUUCAGAAGGUCGGAAAGAUAGAGAAGUGACUGCAGCUGGAAAGUCUUCUCUGCAAGCUACAUCCAACUCAGGGGAGAAGCCAACUUUGGAUGCAAAACAGUUGCUUGCUACUGUCCCUAAGACGAAGAAAGAACUAUUUUCCCAUGAUGUCAAUUGGGCAGUUUAUGAUGAGUAUGGAUUACAUAAGAGAAUGAGGCCUUGGAUUUCAAAGAAGGCCACUGCAGUUUUUGAUGAGGAGUUGGCAGAGUUUGUGGACUAUGUCGUCGCAUGCAUCAAAGAACAUGUGAAUGCACCCAGAAUGCUGGAGCUCCUUGAAUCUCUUCUGGAUGAUGACGCAGAAAAGUUUGUUGCCUUAACAUGGAGGAAGCUGAUAUUCGAAAUUAAGAAAGUUGAAGAAGGAUUAGCGUGAAGACCAAGGCCAUGUCAGGGCUUUUUUUGUUGCUCGAGGUGGUGGAUAAUUUCAGAGAAGUGGGUGCUGCCCAACUGUUAUUUUGGACCUCCGAGCUGUAGUUGAUGGUCUAUCUCUUCCAGUAGAGCAAACAAUUCGUGCUGAUCACCCUUGUAUAUAUAUAUCAGCAUCAGUUUGCAGUAUCUGUCGCUAAUGCCCUACUCCUUUUGAUAACCUCUAGCGAUUCUUGAUUAUCUAGAUGCUAGCAGUAUGAGGUACUUUGUUUUUUUGGGGCUUUGUUAAGCACAUGCUGUCUGUGUGCUCUCUUGCUGCUUGAGGUGGUGGACAGUUUCAAAGAAGUAGAUGCUGACCAACUGUUUUGGACCUAUGAGCUGUAGUUGACGGCCUUGUCCAAUGGAGCAGUCAAUUUGGGC